CGGCGACGGCCCUGUUAUUUACGAGAACGGCCUGCCCUCCUCCCCCGGGGUACACAGCGGCCCCCGAUCCGUCCGCGUUUGCCGCUGCACGUGUGCCACUUUUUCGGGUUUCCUUGACGGCGCUCUUUUGUUUGUCUGGAGAGUCGGAGCGCUAGACUCCCCCGGCUCCCGCGAGUUGCCCUAAUUCCAGCUCGCCACUGCCAAGAGCGACAUUUCACGGCAGGGAAUUGAGACGGACGGGAAAUAAGGGGGUGCCAAGGGAACAUCCGUUUGGUUUGUGGGCAGCCAGGAAACCAGGCAGAUGUUCUGAGAAACAGGUGGACCACGGAUUACUUAUAAGGACUCCAUGAAAGAUGACAGAGGAGGUCAUUGUCAUCGCCAAGUGGGACUACACGGCGCAGCAGGACCAGGAACUUGACAUCCGGAAAAACGAGCGGCUGUGGCUGCUGGACGACUCCAAGACGUGGUGGAGGGUGCGGAAUUCCUCCAACAAGACGGGCUACGUGCCGUCCAACUACGUGGAGCGCAAGAACAGCCUGAAGAAGGGCUCGCUGGUCAAGAACCUCAAAGACACACUGGGUCUGGGCAGGACGAAGCGGAAGACUAGCGCCCGCGAUGCCUCCCCGACGCCCAGCACAGACGCCGAGUACCCGUCCAACGGGAGCAGCGGGGCGGAGCGCAUCUACGACCUCAGCAUCCCGGCGCUGGUCAAGUUCGGCUACUCGGCCGAGCGCGAGGACGAGCUGACCCUGGUCAAGGGCACGCGGGUGGUGGUGAUGGAGAAGUGCAGCGACGGCUGGUGGAGGGGCAGCUACGCCGGCCGGGUGGGCUGGUUCCCCUCCAACUACGUCCUGGAGGAGGGCGACGAGGCCUCGGGGGACCACCCCGGCUUCCUGUCCUCGCGGCAGGGUGGGGCGGGGGUGACGAACGGGCAGGGCGGGAGGGUGCUCCACGUGGUGCAGACUCUCUACCCCUUCAGCUCGGUGACGGAGGAGGAGCUGAACUUUGAGAAGGGGGAGACCAUGGAGGUGGUGGAGAAGCCCGAGAACGACCCCGAGUGGUGGAAGUGCAAAAAUGGCCGGGGCCAGGUGGGGCUGGUGCCCAAGAACUACGUGGUGGUGCUGAGCGACGGGCCGGCCCCCGGGGGCCCCGCCGGGGCACCACACUCCCCGCAGAUCGGGUACACGGGGCCCGCCCGCACCGGCAAGUUCGCCGGGAAGGAUUGGUACUACGGCAACGUGACGCGGCACCAGGCGGAGUGCGCGCUCAACGAGAGGGGGGCGGAGGGAGACUUCCUGGUGCGGGACAGCGAGUCUUCGCCCAGUGAUUUCUCAGUGUCUCUGAAGGCUCCAGGGAAGAAUAAGCACUUCAAGGUGCAGCUGGCGGAGGGUGUUUACUGCAUCGGCCAGCGGCGCUUCGGCACCAUGGACCAGCUGGUGGAGCACUACAAGAAGGCUCCCAUCUUCACCAGCGAACACGGCGAGAAGCUGUACCUCGUCCGGCCCCUGCUGUGACCCCGCCCCAAGACAAGCCUUAGUUCCGGACUUAUCUCUUCGCCGAGCAGAACGUCUCCGGCACACGCGCUUCCCUGGCUUUCACUUUUAACCCCCCCUCUUCCCCGGCAGGCUGCGACCACCGCGCCGGUUGCCUACUCGGCUCUGUGCUGGGGGCCGAGUUUCUUCAUGUUUCUUUUUAAAUAGGCCGCGCCUGUUUCUGUUCUUUCCAUUCAGAGUUCAUUUCAGCCUUUCCCCUGCGAUUCAGAUCGAUGUUUGAAAAACAGUAGAACGGUCUUCACUAAGUGGCCGUUGUCGGCAAACGCUCUACCCCUUGUCUGGGGGAAUUGGUUCUCCGAGUUGGGAGAUCGGAGAAAAAGGAGAAGGGAGUGUUUGUUAAAGGGAGGGAAGGGAGAGUUUUAUUUUAUUUUAUUCCCCCCCUCCGCCAUUAUUCCAGUGUUAUCCACCUCCAGGUACUCUCGUUUCAUGCAGGUUUCUGCUACUUACAGUUCUUCUGCUCCAAACGCGCAUAAUCCGAAUCUACAGGAUCUUCUACGUGCCACACUGACCUCUGCAGCCUCCUUCCUGCAGGGUCAUGACCUCUCCUCUCUGGGGCUGAAAGACUGCAGCAUGGCCAAGCGCUUCGUCACACCCAGGUUUUUACAGUUCAGAUUUAGCGCUUUAAUAUAAUGAAAGAUUGUAGGGGGGAAUAGACUUCAGAUGUAGAUAGAAAAAGAAUAAUGAAAAAAACGAAUAAUAAGUGUUAUUUUGCCGGAGUGGAGGAGAAGCUCCCUCUGGUGGACAUUUGGAGAAGCCGCAGCUCGAGCCCAAGCUGAGGAAGUUGAAUGUUCGUCGACGUACAACCAAAUGUGCCACCCGUGAUCUGCGCGUCUCCAUGCUGUUCUACUCCCGCCGGUCCCACAGUUCUUCUCUAUUUAAAAAAAUGUAUUUGUAGCAUAUUGUGGACACUAACUCGAGAUUAGUAAGAAAAAAAAAUUAAGAUAUGGUUUUAUUUGCAUCGGCGAUGUCUGUUUACCAAUGAGCGUCUGUUGAUCAUCUGAUUUCUGAGCUUUUUUUAAGUAUAAUGUCUGAAUGUUAUUGAGGAUCGUUAUUUAAUUCCCAUUUCCACUGUAUGUAUAUUUAAAAAAAUAAAUAAGAAAUAAAAGGUGCAUAUAUAAAUCAUUUAGAUCCUACGUUAAGGUACUGUACCUCUGACAGUAUGCUGAGAAUGGAAAUACUUUUGUUCUAUUAAACGUUUUGCAAAACAA